AAACGCCACCCGGUUUCCCAGUCAUAACUCAGAAUCCAAGCACACGGGUCAUCGAAGUUGGCCACACUGCGGUAAUGCAAUGCAAAGCCAUCGGAAAUCCGACACCUACAAUAUAUUGGAUUAAAAAUCAGACAAAAGUCGAUAUGAGCAAUCCACGUUAUUCCAUAAAGGAUGGUGGCCUUCAAAUUGAGAACAGUCGUGAAGAAGAUCAAGGAAAAUAUGAAUGUGUUGCUGAAAAUUCUGUUGGUACUGAACAUUCGAAGGCUACUAAUUUGUAUGUAAAAGUACGUCGCGUGCCACCAACUUUCUCACGUCCACCAGAGCCACUCAGUGAAGUCAUGCUUGGCGCUAACUUAAAUCUAUCAUGUAUAGCAGUUGGAUCACCCAUGCCACAUGUAAGGUGGAUGAAAGGUGGCAUGGACUUAACACCAGAAAAUGAUAUUCCAAUUGGACGCAAUAUUUUGCAAUUGAAUGGUAUACAACAAAGUGCAAACUACACAUGCAUAGCUGCAUCAUCUUUGGGUCAAAUUGAAUCUACAGCUGUUGUUAAAGUGCAGUCCUUACCAACUGCUCCGACUGAUGUGCAAAUUUCAGAAGUCACCGCAACAUCAGUGCGUCUUGAAUGGUCUUAUAAAGGCCCUGAAGACUUGCAGUACUACGUCAUUCAAUAUAAACCCAAAAAUGCUAAUCAGGCUUUUAGUGAAAUCAGUGGCAUAAUAACUAUGUUCUAUGUUGUGCGCGCUUUGAGUCCCUACACUGAAUACGAGUUUUAUGUUAUUGCUGUGAAUAAUAUUGGGCGCGGUCCACCUUCUAUACCAGCGACUUGUACCACUGGUGAGACAAAAAUGGAAAGCGCACCACGCAAUGUGCAAGUCAGGCCGCUUAGCUCAUCAACUAUGGUUAUAACAUGGGAGCAACCAGAAACACCCAAUGGACAAGUGACCGGCUAUAAAGUUUACUAUACGACAAAUCCAAAUCAACCGGAAACAUCUUGGGACUCUCAAAUGGUUGACAAUAGUGAACUAACGACCGUGUCCGAAUUAAUACCGCAUAACAUAUACACUGUACGCGUGCAGGCGUAUACGUCAAUGGGUGCCGGUCCAAUGUCCACGCCAGUGCAAGUCAAAACGCAGCAAGGUGUCCCAUCGCAGCCUAGUAAUUUCCGGGCCACCGAUAUCGGCGAGACCGCAGUCACAUUGCAGUGGUCGAAACCGACACAUUCUAGUGAAAAUAUCGUACACUACGAAUUAUACUGGAAUGAUACAUAUGCAAAUCAGGAUCAUCACAAGCGAAUUUCAAACACUGAAUCAUACACGCUUGAUGGUUUGUAUCCUGAUACCUUAUACUACAUAUGGCUUGCAGCGCGUUCUCAACGUGGAGAAGGUGCAACAACUCCUCCAAUACCCGUCCGUACUAAACAAUAUGUACCAGGUGCACCGCCACGUAAUAUCACCGCUGUUGCCACAAGUCCAACAACAAUCGCUGUAUCUUGGCUACCACCGCCCAUUGAACGUUCCAACGGACGCAUCAUCUACUAUAAAGUGUUCUUUGUGGAAGUCGGACGUUCCGAUGAGGAGGCAACUAUAACAACUCUGAAUGUAACAAAUAUCAUUUUGGAUGAAUUGAAACGUUGGACUGAAUAUAAGAUAUGGACAUUGGCGGGUACCUCAGUGGGUGAUGGGCCAAGAUCACAUCCAAUUAUUGUGCGUACGCAUGAAGACGUGCCUGGAGAUCCUCAAGAUGUGAAGGCAACUCCAUUAAACUCCACUUCGAUUCAUGUGACCUGGAAACCGCCAUUAGAAAAAGAUCGAAAUGGCAUUAUACGUGGCUAUCAUUUACAUGUACAAGAAAUGCGUGAUGAGGGAAAAGGCUUUCUAAACGAACCAUUCAAAUAUGAUGUCAUCGAUUCUUUAGAGUUCAAUGUUACUGGCCUACAACCAGAUACAAAAUACUCUAUACAAGUUGCAGCUCUAACACGUAAAGGAGAUGGUGAUCGUAGUGCUGCGGUCACUGUGAAAACACCUGGCGGUGUGCCAGUACGCCCUACUGUCAGUUUGAAAAUAAUGGAACGCGAUCCUAUAGUGUCAAUUGAACUGGAAUGGGAACGUCCUGCUCAAACUUAUGGAGAGCUACGCGGUUAUCGUCUGCGCUGGGGAGUCAAAGACCAGCCUCUCAAGGAAGAAAUACUUUCUGGUCCACAAGUCAACAAAAAGCGUUUUAAUGAUCUUGAACGUGGUGUGGAAUAUGAAUUUCGCGUUGCUGGCAGUAAUCACAUUGGUAUCGGUCAAGAAACUGUAAAGAACUUCCAAACACCAGAAGGCGUACCUGGUGGUCCACCAUCAAAUAUAACAGUACGCUUUCAGACACCUGAUGUCGUGUGUGUAACUUGGGAGUCACCAAUUCGUGAACAUCGCAAUGGCAUUAUAACGCGCUAUGAUGUACAAUUCCACAAGAAAAUCGAUCAUGGCUUAGGUUCGGAACGCAAUAUGACUGUUCGAAAGGCUGUGUUCACAAAUUUAGAAGAAAAAACUGAAUAUAUUUUCCGUGUGCGUGCCUAUACUAAACAAGGUGCUGGUCCGUUUAGUGAGAAGUUAAUUAUUGAAACCGAGCGAGAUAUGGGUCGCGCACCUAUGUCAGUACAAGCAGUUGCCACUUCCGAACAAACAGCUGAAAUCUGGUGGGAACCUGUACCUUCACGUGGCAAACUUUUGGGUUAUAAAAUAUUCUAUACAAUGACUGCAGUUGAAGAUUUAGAUGAAUGGCAAACUAAAACUGUUGGUCUAACAGAAUCUGCUGAUUUGGUAAAUUUGGAGAAAUUUGCACAAUAUGCUGUAGCAAUAGCAGCUCGCUUCAAGACUGGCCUCGGUCGCUUGAGUGAGAAGGUUACUGUUAAAAUCAAGCCUGAGGAUGUGCCACUCAAUUUGCGUGCACAUGACGUUAGCACACAUUCAAUGACUCUUAGCUGGUCACCACCGAUAAGACUUAAUCCAAUUAACUAUAAAAUCUCCUUUGAUGCCAUGAAAGUAUUUGUCGAUUCGCAAGGCUUCUCACAGACGCAAAUCGUACAGAAACGUGACAUUAUAUUAAAGCAUUACACUAAAUCACAUACAAUCAAUGAGUUAAGUCCGUUUACAACAUACAAUGUCAAUGUGAGUGCCAUACCAUCUGACUAUUCGUACCGACCACCUACCAAAAUAACAGUAACAACACAAAUGGCUGCACCACAGCCAAUGGUUAAACCUGAUUUUUAUGGCGUUGUGAAUGGCGAAGAAAUUCUUGUUAUAUUACCACAAGCAUCGGAGGAGUACGGGCCAAUUUCACACUAUUAUCUGGUUGUAGUUCCUGAAGAUAAAUCAAACUUACACAAAAAUCCUGAUCAAUUUUUAACUGAUGACUUGUUGCCUGGACGCAAUAAACCUGAACGCCCAAACGCACCAUAUAUAGCAGCGAAAUUUCCUCAACGUUCAAUACCGUUUACAUUCCAUUUAGGAUCUGGCGAUGAUUAUCAUAAUUUUACAAAUCGCAAAUUGGAGCGCGAUAAGAGAUAUCGUAUUUUUGUACGUGCUGUUGUUGACACUCCUCAAAAACAUUUGUACACUUCCAGUCCAUUUUCCGAAUUUUUGUCACUUGAUAUGCGCGAAGCACCACCUGGUGAGCGACCACAUCGUCCCGAUCCAAAUUGGCCAUCGGAACCUGAAGUCUCUGUUAAUCGUAAUAAAGAUGAGCCCGGUAUGUUGUGGGUUGUACUACCAGCAUUGGCUGCAUUAAUACUCUCUGCGGCCUUUAUCAUAGUAUAUAUCGUUCGACGUCGUCGUCAACCCUGUAAGACUCCCGAUCAAGCCGCAGUUACGCGUCCGUUAAUGGCUGCCGAUUUAGGUGCAGGACCCACACCUAGUGAUCCGGUUGAUAUGCGUCGCCUGAAUUUCCAAACACCAGGUAUGAUUUCACAUCCUCCAAUACCAAUAUCAGAGUUCACAAACCAUAUUGAGCGUCUAAAAGCAAACGACAAUCAGAAAUUUUCGCAAGAAUAUGAAAGCAUUGAGCCUGGCCAGCAAUUUACGUGGGAUAAUUCCAAUUAUGAAUAUAACAAAUCCAAAAAUCGGUACGCAAAUGUCACAGCUUAUGACCACUCCCGUGUGCAGCUACCACUUAUAGAUGGUGUACUUGGUUCAGAUUACAUAAACGCCAACUAUUGCGAUGGCUACCGUAAGCAUAAUGCAUAUGUAGCAACACAAGGUCCUCUACAAGAAACCUUUUCCGAUUUUUGGCGUAUGUGCUGGGAACUAAAAACUGCUACAAUUGUUAUGAUGACACGUCUUGAAGAACGCACUCGAAUUAAAUGUGAUCAAUAUUGGCCAACACGAGGUACUGAAACGUACGGACAAAUGUUUGUGACAAUAACUGAAACACAAGAAUUGGCGACUUAUAGCAUACGUACCUUCCAGCUGUGUCGACAGGGUUUUAACGAACGUCGUGAAAUCAAGCAACUACAAUUCACAGCUUGGCCCGAUCAUGGUGUACCUGAUCAUCCAGCACCAUUCUUGCAAUUCUUACGUCGUUGUCGUGCUCUAACACCACCAGAUUCGGGACCUGUUGUUGUACACUGUUCAGCUGGUGUAGGUCGCACUGGUUGCUAUAUUGUUAUCGAUUCUAUGUUGGAACGAAUGAAGCAUGAGAAAAUUAUUGAUAUUUAUGGUCAUGUGACUUGCCUACGUGCACAACGCAACUAUAUGGUACAGACUGAAGACCAAUACAUCUUCAUACAUGACGCUAUACUGGAGGCAAUUAUUUGUGGACUAACUGAGGUACCAGCACGAAACCUACAUACCCAUCUGCAGAAGUUGUUAGUUACUGAACCUGGCGAAAACAUAACUGGCAUGGAAAUUGAGUUUAAAAAAUUGUCUAAUGUUAAAGUUGAUUCUACCAAAUUUGUUACGGCUAAUCUACCCUGCAACAAACAUAAGAACCGUUUGGUACAUAUACUACCCUAUGAGGCUAGCCGUGUGUACUUAACACCCAUACAUGGAGUAGAGGGCAGUGAUUACAUAAAUGCAAGUUUCAUAGAUGGUUAUCGCUAUCGUUCGGCAUAUAUAGCAGCUCAAGGCCCAGUACAAGAUACCGCUGAAGAUUUCUGGCGUAUGUUAUGGGAGCAUAACUCCACAAUUGUAGUCAUGCUAACAAAACUCAAGGAAAUGGGCAGAGAAAAAUGCUUUCAAUACUGGCCUCAUGAGCGUUCUGUACGUUAUCAGUAUUACGUUGUAGACCCAAUAGCAGAAUACAAUAUGCCACAAUAUAAGCUGCGUGAAUUCAAGGUUACCGAUGCACGUGAUGGUUCAUCGCGCACAGUACGUCAAUUCCAAUUCAUCGAUUGGCCGGAGCAAGGUGUACCUAAAUCUGGCGAAGGCUUCAUUGAUUUUAUUGGACAAGUACAUAAAACCAAAGAACAAUUCGGACAGGAUGGCCCGAUAACAGUGCACUGCAGUGCUGGCGUUGGACGUACUGGUGUAUUCAUAACACUUAGCAUUGUGCUAGAGCGCAUGCAAUAUGAAGGCGUUUUGGAUGUAUUCCAAACUGUGCGCAUUUUACGCGCACAACGUCCUGCCAUGGUACAAACAGAGGAUCAAUACCAUUUCUGUUAUCGCGCUGCUUUGGAGUAUUUGGGCUCAUUCGAUAAUUACACAAACUAAAAACAAAAGGAGCUACGUUGAAAACGAAACAGUGUGCAAAUAUUUAUACUAAAACUGUAAACUGCUUAUCUAAAUUGAGUACCGCAACUCAAACUCAAACUAAUUUUGAGCUUCAAAUUGUAUUUCAUUUCCCCCUACGUUAUUGGCAUUGGCCAGUAAACUUCAGGUAUUGCAGUAACAAAACCGAAAAUGCAUAAAGUCAAUUUUUAGUUUUAAUUAAAAAAUUUUGUAAAUUUGCCUACUGCAGCUUUUGUUGCCGCAAACUUAGUCAAAGCCUCAACAGCUGCUAAAAAUAUCAUUAAAUUUAAGUAAACUUAAUUCGCAUUAAUUUUAUUUAAUUUUAAUUAAUUUUACUGCCGUUUUAAGAUAAAAUUGGGGCAUUAUUGUAUAUUGCAUUAAAAGACAAAUUUUAAAG